AUGGAGCACCGCUUCUCAAAGCACGAGUACUUCAUCAGCUUCUGUUUCGCCAUUGUCUUCUCGGGGCUCGUGGGCGCGUCCUACCUUGAUGUAUCCACCUGCCCGUACAGGUACAACCGUGGCACACCAACGGAGUUGGCAGCGGAAGGCAGAAGCGACAGCAUCAACAACAGUUGUGGCCGCAGUGUGACAGCGGCGCAUGGGUCCGCAAGCCCACGAUCGAUCUUCACCUCCCUAAAGAGGGAAGGUGGCAUCGUGUGUCACAUGGCGGACCUCGUUAUUUGGGUUUAUAUCAUCGCUCUCGUGUUAUUUAUGAUGCAUAAGUAUUACCUCUACCGUAUGCAAGGCCUGCACUACUUUCUACUAGACUACUGCUACUUCCACAAUGCGUGUUUGGUAGUUUUCCUGCUCUGGCGCCUUGUGGAUGUGCAGUGGUCGGAUGAGCCACUGGUAUCGUGGGAAACGUGGCUCCCGCAGGAGUGGUUGAGCGAUCGUAGUAUCAGAAGCAGCAUCCAUGGCAAUAACAACAGCGGGAUCAGCGGCAAUGGAUCCAUAAGGACGAUUGCUAUGAAGACAACGCCGCUAGUGAAUCAGACGUGGGCGUCGUGGGGGAAGCAGCUGGUUCCAUUGACGGCGCGCCAAGUGAUGCUGGUGGGCGGUAUUUACAAACCGAUAUCGAUAGAUAUCAUCACCAUUGGUUACGCGGCAGCAGAGGUGUCCAGCGCGGAUGAAUUGCUGCUUAACUUUCUUUCCUUCUUCACACUCGUGGCGGGUAGCUUCGGUCCCAUUCUGGGGGCUAUUCUGAUGUGGAAGAAUGCGCUUCUGCUCCACUCAUUUGACCGCAUGUCGUCCUGUUACCUGCACCUCGCCCCCGCGGUGACACAGGUGCUACUGCUACACCGCCUCUUCACCAGUGCCAGGCAGGAACUCGCGUCUGUUGAUGCCUCACAACCCGACAAUAGUAGCAGCCCGCAGUACCAGCUGGCUGAGGUCUGCGGUGAAGGGACGUUGUGCAACGAUCUCCGCCACGCCGUGUCGUAUUGGACGCUUCUUAAACUUCACUUCGCCAUGUUCAUUGCAUGGCAAAUAUUUUAUCAUACCUUUAGUGAAAGUCGUCGCCGGCACCGCGAGAAGUCGCAUCGCAAAAAGAUGAAGACAAUCGCACGUCAACAGGAGGAGUUCUGCCGCUUAACAGGCGCAACCGCGGAAGAGGCGGAGCUGCUGCGGCCGAUCAUUGUUCUUUCCGAGGGUAGCAGCGGCAACCCCACACAGCGUGUGACAGCCUAUACAUGGUUGAUGGAGCACCCACCGCUUGGCAAACAGGGGCCUCUGUAUCGGUUUGUGACGAUGUUCGGCACGGCAUACCUCCCGACCAUGGUUAUGUUUCAAGUGACCCAAUGGCUUCUCCACGUUGUCUUUUUUACACUGGCCUAUCCGGUCUUGUACUACAGCUUUCAUGUUGAGCUCUCAGCAUGGCCACUGGUUCUUUAUGUCAUUGUAUUUAUUUUCGUAUGCGUGUACAAUGCGGCAUUGAUGUGUAAGAAAUGGUACCAGAAACUUCGAGAUUUGGCGGAGAUUGGAUUAGAGGUGCAGCGCAUGCGUGGCACCGCCCUUGCUGCUGGCACUGCAUCGAAAAUCGAGGCACCGGUGUCUUGA